AUGAGGUUCUCUUCUUCACUCGUCACCUUGACGCUAGGCCUCGCCUGUACGGUCGUCGGCAAAAGUGUCGAAUCCGCACUACCCAUAGCUCCAGACACGCAAACCAACAGCACCUCGCAAACCAAUGGCGAUGCUGGUGACCUUUACGGGAAGUCCAUUUUGGCUUCUAGAGCUGCAUACAAAUGGCGCCGAGAAAACGCGGGCCAAUGGUCUGAAAAGAACCUCAGAUCGACGCUCUGCGAUAAAGAUCUCAAACCAACUUCAUGGGACAAGCCGGUCUUGUCUUGGUCCAAAAAAUCGCCGACAUCGCCUAAGAAUUACCUUCCUCGCAUCAAAGCGGUGAACCCACGCAGUACCAAGGUGGAUGACUGGUUGAAGAAUUUCUACGCAGGUUCAUAUGACUGGUUGAAGAAUUUCUACGGAGGCUCCUCAAGCGGCGAAAAAUCCGAGAGCAAACAUGACGACGAAUCUCGAACAACAAUUGUCACAGCACUUUACUCCGGCCCGGAAGAGGAAUCCCACACCUCGAUUGAAACGUACCUGAGGCGGCUCAAUCGGCUUGUCGACACUGGCCAGCCGAUGCUGGUAUACUGCGAGCCAUCGUUAAAACCUAAAAUCGCAUCAAUGCGGGAAGAGGACAAGGACUUCCAAAUCGUCACCGAGUUCGAGACGAUCUGGGACGUACCAACCAACAAGGAUCAGAAGGGGAAUUUCAAUGUCGAGCAGUGGAAUAUGUUUUGGAGCUUCAAACCUGCCAGUCAUAAGAACUACCCUGACGAAGGGUUCAACUUCGCGUUCUUCAGUGCCGUUUAUAACGCCAAGGCGUACUUCCUGUGGCAUGCCGUGAACCAGAACCGUAUCAGGUCCGACACGUGGAUGUGGGUAGACGCGGGGCUGCUGGGCUUCGCGGGCGAGGACGACGGCACGGUGGACGAAGAUCUCUGGAAGCCCCUGCAGAAGGACUUCAUCGACCCGACUAAAGUCAAGAAUGCCGUCGAAAUAGUAGGGGAUGGCGUCGUAAUGAGCUUGUAUCCCGACUGGAGUAGCCAUCCACCCGCCAAUUUCAACAAUCCCUGCUGGGAUCCGAGUCAAAAGACGGCCACCUGGCAAUGCGUGCACUUUCUAUCCGGCUUGGUACUCGGCACCUCGGUGGCAAUGCUGGAUUUCGCCGUCAAAUACAUGCAGACCUUCGACGAAAUGGACGCCAAUGGUCUCUACGUAGGCAGGGAGGAAGUGGUUUUGCCAUUUCUCGCGGCGAGAUAUCCAGAAUUCAUAUGGUAUACUGCCUUAUUACCUACCAGGAGUGUACCGGAAGAGAUCAAGUUCAUGAGGGUCCCGGGACUGGCAAUUACGUGGUCGGGCUGGCCUAAGGAGUAUAUAUGGCCCGGUCAGGCGGCGCCCAGGGAUCCGAUUAAAGAAGUGUUCUGCGAUCAACGCUGA